AGAGGAAGUGGUCAUAGAUAAAGACUACCAUGAAGACCAGAGUUUGUUUAAGAAAGGAGUGCAGCAUCGUCUUUCUCUUUCUGGCUGUGGUUGCCUCAGUCUUUGUGCUGGAUCACAUAAAGGUCCUGGAGGUGAGACCCCUUAAAGGGUCCAGCCUAUUUGAACUGCUUAAGUUAGAGGAAAAAGUGAACUCCACCAUCUUCGUCCCAAGAGUUUCCACUGACCCUGACAUGCAUCAUGGCCUCUGCACCUUCCAGCCACUGUCCCCUGAGGAUGCCCUGGAGGAGCGACUUUUACUAAAAUCCAUUGCCUGGCCUGAAACUCCACCUCUGUCAGCUCGUGAUUCCCUGCAGCAGACCAGUGAUCCAGCUCACAGCACCUUCACCAUUCUCCCAAGGAGGGGAGGAGGACAGUGGCGUGUAGGGGAUCAGCUGGAGGUCAUGAUAAAAAUGUCUGACUUCCAGGGUCAUCCCAGGAAGUUUGGGGGGGACUUUUUACUCGCCAGACUGCACAACUUGAAGCUUGGUGCAGGUGUGGCUGGACAAGUGGUGGAUCAUCUCAAUGGGAGCUACUCUGCUGUGUUCUCGUUACUCUGGGAAGGAGAAGCGUAUGUUCAGGUCACGCUGGUUCAUCCAAGUGAGGCUAUCCCAGUGCUGGAAAGGCUGAACAGAGAACAACCUGACAGGGUUUACUUCAAGAGCCUCUUCCGUUCAGGCUCACUCUCUGAAACUACCAUCUGUAACGUCUGCCUACGUCCAACCCAGCCAAUGUGCAACUACACUGACCUCCGUACAGGCGAGCCUUGGUUCUGCUACAAGCCAAAGAAUCUGAGCUGUGAAGCCAGAAUGGACCACACCAGGCAACCAUUCAAAAGCAACAUCAUGGCCAAUGAGGAGAAGCUCUUUCAGAGGUAA